AUGGAGGAGACGGACAAAUCAUCUUCAGCUUCAGCAUCAUCUCGUUCAAUUCCUGCAUAUCAUCGAGGAAAUGGUACAUUACGUGGUGGUGGUGUACAGAAACUAUACCAUACCGGACCGACAUUCAAAGCAUAUAAACGAAAAUUGGAUCAUCGAUUGGGAUACUGCACUGUUGGCUGCCUGAUCACAGUUGCUGUCGUGUUGACAAUCUUCGGUUUAUUUCAUGAAAUGGCACAUCAAGAAUUAACGCAAUAUAUUGAAUCGAUACGUGAAAUGAUCAUGAAUUCAAUACCUUCUAGAACACUACCAAGUACGACUACUGUUGCUGAUUUAUCAGAAAUUACUUCUACCAACGAUGACGAAAUCUUACUUAAUGAUGAUUGGUUAGAUGAAACUUUAUUUGAUAAUGAAACAGCAUUGCCGAUGGAAAUUGUGAUGGAAAUGGCGAAGUUAGAGGAACAAGAAGUUAAACUAGAAGAGGACAAUGUACCGGAUGAGAAGAUGCUAAGCAUUCCGUACAAGGAACCGGAAACUUGCUUUGGUUCUAAAGAUGUGAAUAAGGAAAAAUGUUUAACAGUUACCGAACUUGACGAAUAUCACAAUGUAUUACUUAAAUCACAUAUAGCUCUGUGGAAUUUAAUUACUGUCAAUAUUAUUGUUGCAAUAUUCCUUUCACCAAUCACAUUUAUGUUCAAUUCCGAAAUUAUCAAAAAUCAGUAUUACAAAUUAUUUUAUCGUAUUGUUCUACUCUUGGCGCUAUUUUUUAUGGCUAUACAAUUAAUUAUACUAAUUAAUCCAUUACUGUACAGUUCGUUCAUGUACCCUACUAUCGUUGACAAACUUUUUGUUGAAAAACUUCCACGGGAGAAGAAACUGAUUAACCAAGUGGAGUUUCGAUUUGCUUGUCAAUUUGAUUAUAUUAGCCAGUUGGUAGAACUUAAUUUACAGAAGCCAUGCAUUCCUCGGAUCAAGAAUGUCCUAUUGUUACCGUAUGCAGUAGUGUUAUUGAUCAUUAUUGAUUUGUUACCAUUUCUAUUCAUAUUUUUCACCUAUGCUUGGGAUAGAUGGCUUAAAGAUUCGUUCCUUUGCAGUAUCGCUAGGAGUCGCAUCGAAUUAAAUAAUCAGCGAAGACCGCAAUCACGUGAGGAUAUUUUGAAGAAAACAAUGGAAGAACCACAUUAUUUGUGA